AUGGCUCAGCCAUUUGCUCCGCCCAGCGAUUCUGCCGCGUUGGAGACUCCCCGCGUGCCAUCUCGAUUACUCUCCAUAACUGCGCUGGCACGGUUCGAAUUUGAGGCCGGCAAGGGCAAUGAGGGAACCAAGAUUUUGAUGGUGGAAUGGGAGGAUGAUGACCUCACAAGGUCUACAGGAACCUGGCAUGUGUCCUGGGAUGGCAAGCAAACGGUCCUACCUGCAGAUGAACAAACAUCGGAUCAUAUCCGGCGAUGCUAUUUCUUACUUUCUCCCGGCACCACCAUUCCUCCUGUCGUCACUUUGGCCUACGAGCCGCCGCCAAGCUCUGCUGCAACGGUGAAAAAACCCGAUUCCGUCCAGGUGAACCCGCUACCUGCCAUUUUCCCACCUGAGCUAGGAGCUACGGCGAGAGCUGCGGGCAAGAAAGGAGUGCUUCACACAAUAUGGGCUAAAAAGAGGCUGCAGGCUCUAGAGAAAGAGAUCAAAGAGGAAUCAAAGUAUAACCUCGAGGGCGUGGCUCUGGAGAUGGCCCUUCAAGAAAAAGAGUGGAUAGAAACAAACUUCGGCGUUGGAUCACGUCUACCGCCCCUCCAAACAACAAAUGUGUCGUCCCUGAAUUCUGUACCUCUUAGUCCUACUACCCCUCUCUCUCCUGGCGGUGGGAGAAAGCUCGCUGAAAAAUUGAAGGGCUUAAAAUUGGGAACGAGUGAGAAGGAUCUUACCCGGAAACCUCCACCAGCAAACCAAGCUGAAUAUUCAGCGUCCCAUCCUCUUUCUCCAGAAGGCCCGGAUAUGGCUAUAUCGUCGUUCAACUCAUUUCAACACGGAUGA